UAUCUUCUUUGUGAUAUUGCGCAAGUGACUUAACUUCAGUGAGUUUUAAAAACUCAUUUGUGAAAUGUAUGUAAUAAAAUUUAUUAUUAUUUAAUUAGAUGCUGCAUUGUAUAGUGCUUAGGGUUUAAAGUGGCAGAUCUUAUUGCUUGUGCGUUACGUGAGCUGAGGGCCUGGAAGCCAGGGAAUGUGGAUCUUAGUGAAUGUAGAGUAAGGAUGGAAAUAACCUGGAACUAACCUCUCCAACCAGUACUUAUCACCUUGCUUUUGCAUUUUUCUCUCUCUGCUUGCCUGCUUUCCUUUUCCAGGUGGAUUGAGUAAGUAACAAUGGGCAGACCUUGGAGGGAAGGUCCAGCGAAUUGGGAUAUACACAUAUGUUAAUUAGGUGAGAAGUGUCUCUUUUAGAGAGGGCUAGAAGUACCACCUUUUCUACAGUUUUUGACAUGUCUCUCUUCUCUCCUUCCAGAAAGAGUGUUGGCAUGGACAGAAUCAACCAGUCCAGUGUCUCUGAAUUUCUCCUCUUGGGUCUUUCUGAGAGGCCAGAGCAGCAGCCUCUCCUAUUUGGCAUCUUCCUGGGCAUGUACCUGGUCACUGUGAUGGGAAACCUGCUCAUCAUCCUGGCCAUCGGCUUUGACCCACACCUCCACACCCCUGUGUACUUCUUCUUGGCCAACCUCUCUUUUGCUGACGGCUGCUUUUCUUCCACCAUAGUCCCCAAGAUGCUGGUGAACAUCCAGACACAUAAUCAAACCAUAUCGUAUGUGGAGUGUUUGGCCCAGAUGCACUUUUUCAUGACAUUUGGGGCACUGGAUGACUUCCUCUUGGGGGUGAUGGCCUAUGACGGCUAUGUGGCCAUCUGCAAGCCUCUUCACUACUCCACACUCAUGAGUCCUCUUGUGUGUGUGCUCCUUCUCACAGCCUGCUGGGUUCUCACCAACCUUGCUGCCCUCUUACAUACCCUGCUCAUGGCUAGGCUCUCUUUCUGUGCAGGCAACACCAUCCAUCACUUCUUCUGUGACAUGGUCCCUUUGCUGAAGCUCUCCUGCUCAGACACCUGCACCAACCAGAUAGCCCUGUUUACUGUGGGCUCCAUGAUUCUCACUGGUCUUCUCUUCCUGAUCAUCUUGUCAUAUGCACACAUCAUCUCCACCAUCUUCAGAGUCCCCUCUGCCUCCAGCAGGCAAAAGACCUUCUCCACCUGUGGGUCUCACCUCACUGUGGUCUUCUUGUUCUAUGGUGUAGCAAUCGGUGUCUACUUGUGCCCUCCUUCAUCACACUCAGGGAGUAAGGACAGGGUUGCAGCUGUAUUUUACACAGUUGUGACUCCUAUGAUGAACCCCUUCAUUUACAGCCUCAGGAACAAGGAUAUGAAGCCUGCACUGAGAAGGCUUUUUGGAAUUCACACACUCUCUUCUCAGGGACUUUAAUCCAUCCAUAUUUUGAAGUUACACUCUGGAGAACACAUGCAUUUAUGAAGCAAUAUCAUCCCCUAUCACAUUUUCUUAGGUUUUAGAGAAAAGUAAUCUAGAAAUCAUUCUCUUAAAUCCCCAAAUCUGACAAUGGAUGUAGUCAAUGUAUUUCAUAAAGGAUGUGCACUGUAUUAUAAAUGUAAAUAUUUCCCUGGUGUUGUGUAGAGUGAUCUCAGCUAGAUAGGGGGAAGGUCAAUUAAAAUUUCAUUUAUUUACUGUUAUUCUAAUGAAAGUAUGAAUAUUUUUUUAACAUACAAUUCAACCAGAAUUUAUUAGUCUCUUCCAUUUGCCAGAUACUGCGUCAGCCAGCGGACACAGUAAGAGCACGAUUCCAUGCUCUUACGGAAUUCACUUUUCCAUGUGGUAUGUAGUUGCACACAUAUGCAAUUAACUACAAUAAAGGUGCAAUCAUGGUGAUUUCCCAACAAAGCUUAAUAUUUUAUUCUACUUUCUUGACUCUUUAAAUGUAUUAUGCCAUUUAGUUCCCCAAUUAUAACCAUCUUGAUUAUCACAUUUUACAAAUGGGGAAACUAUAACCAGUAAGUGGGGAAGGGAAGGUUGAAAUUUGUUUCUUGUCUGACUCUGGAGUCCAAACUCUUACAUGCUUUAAUAUCCUGCUCCUCAAUCCUAAUGCUUGUAUCAAGAGACAGAUUCAUAUUAAGCUAAUGUGUGUCCGCUGAUGCCUAACAUGUGCCAGUCACUGUGCUAAGCUCUAUUGGCAAAAUGUAAAAAUGAGUAAGAUACUGUCCAUGUCUAUACAAGGUAGAGACAGACAGAUGUUCAGCUUAGUGUUAAUCAAAUCAGAUGGUGAUAGUCGCCAUAAUAAGUAUUGGAGCACAGAAGGAAGAAAAAUAAUCCUGCGUAAUGAUGGUGAGGUACAGUUUUACCCAUGAGGUGACAUUUUAUUGGUCCUUGAAGUGUGAGAUCAUUUGAACUGGUGAAGAAAGAAGAGUGAAGAGUCCAUAGGGACAGGCUAUUUACAAUAGAGGCCAUGCUGGUUCUUCAAGCCAUUCCAGCCCAACCUUCUAAGUGUUUGUGGUGGUUACCUCUCCGAUUGUGGGUCUUGCCUUUUCUUUCCCAGUUCAGUUUCCAUACAGUCUCUUGGCCAAUUCUGUUCUUUGUGAUUAUCUUUCCCUUUGUUUCAUUGUCAAUGCUUUUGAAUUCUGGCUGCAGAUUAGUAUUUCCUGGAGCUCCAGAACUUUCCAGAAAAGAGACCCUAGUAUCUUUCAUAAAAACAAAACAGAACAGGUAAGUCUAGUGCAAUCAAGUUUGAGAAUUUUCUUGUGGAAUUUCUUUCCUGGCAACAAACGGACAGAUGAAAUGGGCUAUGAAAAUAACUAGUCUAUUAUUUACCAUAUUAAGAUAAAACUCAGUGGGGGAUGGAGCAUGUUGAA